UUAUAGUGAAAAAAUACUGAAUAUCCUCUGAUAAAAAUGAAUUCACAAGAACAAUGGAAACUAAUAAUUCGCAAUCAUUUUGGAAAGCGGGCAUCACGCCGAUGGCGUGAACUAAUGAUGGAUUUACUUUGUGUCGACCACGGGGUAAAGCCAGCUUUACUGUUUGAUUAUUCCACUCCAGAUGUGACUGUGAUGUAUACAUUCCUACGGAAUCUUAAAGAGUCCAGUCUUUUACAAUGCCCGAAUCUCCGAAUUGUAGUCAUAGACAUGGAUCUGCUACUUAUAAACUUGAAGUGUUUCGCAGAUGCCACGGGGGAAAGAACUGGCCUGACAGACAUGGUCUCAAAGCACUUUAUCGACAUCACACCCACUCUCAGCCAACCUCAGAUAAUCACUGACAAUAGGAAAUUACUUCAGCAUACACUGGACUGCUUUCAAAGAUGUGUUGACAAGCAGAGUCCAUUUGGUGCUGACAGCAUAGUGUGGAACUUGGAUAGAAAUGAACUUGUCAACCCUUCAACAUUGUUUGGACUAUUUCUUGGGUAUCCAGUAGUAUAUUGGUAUGAUAUGGCUGAUGGUUGUGAACAAAGUCGCCUGAGCUUAGUUCCUCUGCUAAACUUUGUUUUAAAAGGUGUCAUUACUUUGACUGCUACCAACAUUGGUUCCAUAGAACAUCAGGGUGAGAGUGGUCAACAAAAUAAAAAGACUUGUGUUCAUGAGCAUAUUAUCACAUCGUUUAGUGUUCCUGAACAUUUGGCAGAGAUUAUUUCUGAAUCAGUGGAGGUUUGGUUUGAAGGAAUCAAAACCAAACGACUGUCUUGGUCUUCUCUUUUUGAUGACCUUCAGCUGGAAAAAAGGGUAAUGCAGAUGCCAACCCUGUGUCUGUGAUGAAAUCAUCUUUCCAGCUACAAUAUGCUGGAUCAGACAUUGGAACCGUUUCAAAAAUGAUGCUGAUGCUCAUUUCAAUCAUAUUUCUUUUCAACAAGAAAUGGGAUUCAGAAUGUUUCUUUUCGUUCACAUAAAAUGCCCUUAUGUCCCAUGAUGAAGCAUGUAUUAGUAUGUUGGUAAAACCUUUACAUGGCGAAGCAUCAUGUACAGUGUUAAUUUGAAACCAAAUGAUAUAACAAAAUCUGGUCAGUUGUUUCCAUCAUUUAACACGAUGAUGAUGGGAUUUUUGCAGCUGCCAAGUUAUUCAGCUUUUCUGAUCAAAGUUUGCCAUUAUGUUCUUUCUUCCACUGUCCCUCACUGGCAAUUAUAUAUUUGACAGCAUAAUAGUUAUAUUUUGCUGAGAUAAUCUCUAGGUAUUGAUUUGAACGUAAUGCUUUCAUUGUUGAUGUGAUUUGCUUUUGAUUAAAUUGAAUUUGCACAAUGGCAGUCAUGUUGACA